AUGAAGGGAAUUGCUCUUCUUUCGCUUCUCGGUGCUACACUAGCUCACCCGGCGGGCCUUUGGUGGGGUACCGAUGUCUGCUACACCAGUCCAGAUAAUACCGACAAUCAGUGCUCGGAUGUUCAGCGGAAAGGCUUUGACUUGUCUGAGCUGGCAAACGGUAACAAUUGGAGCUUUGAAGGCUUCCACUUCGUUGGGCUCGAGCCCAAGAAUGGCUGCCAGGGAUCUAGUUACGGAGGCACUUGUCUUGGGGGAAGGCUUUCUCGUGAUGAUGACUGGACAAUCAAAAUUUACGCUGCCGAUGCUCCAUUCUCAAUUCGAAGCUUCCAUCUUUCCACUUCCCGGAGCACCGAUGUCUUCAUCAUCUACGAGAUGUCUGAUGGUUCUUCCUGUCAUCAUGUCGCUUCGAGCUCGUACAGGGGAACUGAUGUUGCCAACGACCAGUGUGGCGGUGCUGUCUCAGUUGAGUUCACGCUUCCCGAAGAGAGUAAGUUCGGCGAUUGUGAUUUAGAGAUCCAUCAGAUCAACUUUGACUGCUCUACUGGAUCUAAGCCGCCAGGUCACACUGUCCUCGAGCCCUCUCACUCUCACACUGAGUCCAGUCCGAGCUCGACUACCUCCCUGCCUCCUUUCCAUUGGACCUCGCAGGAUGUUUCUACGACUAGUCACUCGUCUCAGCGGAUGACGACGUCCACAGUCUGGACAACCGAGGAGUUCACUAUCACCAAAUGUGCACCAACCGUCACUAACUGCCCUGGGCAUUCGACUGUUUUGGUUACCUCUACCUAUCCAUUGUCGACCACAGUUUGCCCGUCUACUCCCGCGGAAACGAAACCUAGCACAACAUCUCAUGUUCAUUCGGAUCCCCCAAGCUCGACAGCUUCCCUGCCUCCUUCCCAUUGGACCUCGCAGGAGGUUUCUACGACUAGUCACUCGUCCCAGCGGAUGACGACUUCCACAGUCUGGACUACCGAGGAGAUCACCAUCACCAAAUGUGCGCCAACUGCCACUAACUGCCCUGCUCAUUCGACUGUAUUGGUUACUUCUACAUAUCCAUUGUCAACCACAAUCUGUCCCACGAUCACAAGCUCCAUCAGUACCACGACCGCCACCGUGCCCAGCCCGCCCGCUGUUACUGCCCCCUGCCCCAACGUGGUACCCAAGUGUCUCAACACAUGGCUCUCCAUUCCGAAGUGCAACUCCAACAGCGACGCGGCAUGCUUCUGUCCGUCUACCGAAUUUACGGACAAAGUCAGUGGGUGCAUUCGGGCCUGGAGCAGCUCGAAGAAGGAGGAAGAUUCCGCCCUUGCUUACUUCGCUGGCAUUUGCGCCCCCUUCGUUCCGGAGAACCCUGCUAUUGUAGAUAUUGCCACAACCUGCACUUCUUCGGGCCCCGUUCCUAAGACCACGGCUGGUCCUCAAAUCACUGGCAAUACACGUACGAUUGCCGAGACUGUUGGUGUAGCCACGUCUGUCCCCCGGACUCCUUGUACCACUAUUAGCUGGGCCUCGCAUACGGCAACUGUUCCGCACGUUGGGUUCAGCACGGUCACUUGUGCCUCUACAACCUCUGUGAAUCUGGUAGUUGUUACUACUACCAGUCCUCCUUCUAAGACCGGCCACCAUGCGCACGUGUCGUCCUCCAAGAUGACAACUAGCUGCAAAACCCACACCACAUCUCUUCUUACACCAACUGCUCCUAAGACGACUCUUUCAAAGCCCACAGGAUCCAAGCCAACUGAAACUGUCAUUUACGGCAAUGUUGGGUCGAAACUACUUUUGUGUAAUUUCUGGGCUUUUGGUAUUGUCCUUUUGGCGCUCUUCUGUUAA